CAGCUGCGUGGUGCUCUCCAGCCCCUUCCGCCCGGUCGCUGGUCUCCGAAUUCUCCAGAGGUCUCAGCUUCUUCUUUUUUCUUUUUGUGGUCCGUUUUGUCCUCCUUGGCUCCACUGCGGUCAACCGUCGAGUUUGUUCGUGUUGUCUGGGCGCUCGCCCUUCCAGAGAGAUCCCAGACCUCCCAGUAUGUACCAUGGUUCCAUGGUACAAAGCGGUCCCGAUGAAACUAGACGCUGCGAGGCAAGGGGACCGCAACUCACCAGCACCAACCGCUUACCCAUACUCCUCUCUCGCACACACACACUCUCUCUCACUCUCUCCUUGGUGAUCAUUGAAUCAAUCAAAGUCUUCCUGAGAGCCGCCCAAUCUGAGGCGUGGUCUAGCCCUUUCAAUCACCUUGGACAUACCGCCGUCGAAAUUUCCCUUUCUCAAGCGUGGGAAGCACCGCAUCUGGCCUGGGAUACGACACCCUUCUUUUCGCUUCUUUUGUCCAAGCAAGGACCGUUCUGUUACCGUCGCCCUGCUAGGUGGGAUCAUCGAUCAGCCCGCAUACGGUUUCGGUCACGUGAGCACUGGCCGGCCUAUGGGAGCGCUGCCUGUCUCUACUCUAUCGGCCCAAAGGGACAGGGCGAGUGGGAGGGGCUGCUUACUCGCUCCGGGAAAUAGUAACUUGGUGAUGUGUUCGAGGCGGAUUGACAGGGCAAUCUGGCCUGUGGCUUGGUGGCUUGGCUUGGGAGGAUGAACCAGCAGCAAGAGCCGAACAAAAGUGGCAUUACAUCACAACCGUAUGUGUGAUUUGAC